ACAAAGUUAAAUUGAUCGUUAUCUUGUAAAACACGGAGUUUCCCCAUGUUGCCAACGCCGAGGGCCGCCGCGUCGGCUAAUCAAUUUUGCCGAUCGUCCCAAAUCAUGCAAACGCCGCGUAUCGCGAAAUUUUCUUAAUUCCCCUCGGCGUUACUGCACGCGGCAUAUGAAGGGAAAUUGGGGAAAACGCGCGGAGUGUACUGUAUAUGUAAAUGAGUGAUAAACCAACAUUAAUCUAUUUUAAUGUUCGGGUUUAUGUUUUGACGAUACAGUGAUAAUGUUUAAUAAACUAAACCAUGGGACAAAUUUGAAAAAUAUUGCGAUGCCAUUAGUCAAAAUAUAAAUCUGAACAUUAAGUGUUCUUCCAGAUCAGGAGGCACAGAUUAUACAAUCGCUUUUGUUAUAGAUUUAUGCAAUAUGCCGUAUGUAUAUCCCGAUUCAAUGCCGCGACACGUUUUUUUUAUUGAAGGUGAGCGAAUUAACAGACGAUCUUGUUCAAGAGAUUUUCACCGAGUUCCAGUCGGACCUUGAGGUUGACAAUGUUACAUUUGCCAGGGAGUGUAGAAGGUGGAAGGCGAGGUGGCAGAUUUCAUCUCCUGAGCCAUUCAAAACACUCUAGUCGGUGCUUACCCCCACAACGGAAAACUCCUAGCCCAAUUCGAAGAUGUCUUCUCGUUCUACUCUGCAUGCCAGUAUCGACAGCAACAGCGGAGAGGUAUUUUUCUACAAUGAGACAGGUGAAGACAUACCUCCAGAGCACCAUGGGACCGGAGCGCAUGUCCGGUCUUGCCCUUUAGAGAAAUCGAUAUGGAAGAGGUCGUUGAGGUUGGAGUCUACAUAAGACUUUGACAGUUGGCGGAAAACCAUCAUCAACUGGAGAGAUGCCGGUAAAAAGAUGACCAUAAAACAGUGACCGCUGAUUCGCAUUAAGUUCUUUCUUACAUAUUGGAUGACCUAUGUUUUUUAUUGUUUAAAUCAUUGCGGCUUGGAAUGCUCUUUAAGAAAAGGUAUGGUUAUGGGGGUGUCUACGCACAAAAAUUUGACUUUAUUUUUUGUUAAAGUUAUUGCUUUUACAUUGUUAUUGUGCAGGAAAUCUUUAGGAAAUCUUUUGGUAUGUUGUGACCUUUAUGAUACUGCUGCCUGUGGUCCAUAUCAAAGUUAUAACAGCAGCUUUCACAUCGUCAUCAUGAUUGUGAAUUAAAAUGACUUAAAUGUUAUUAGCGUUGUUGGAGAACGGCAUAAUAAAAAUCGGUUACUUCAAAUAAAUAGUUUUCUUUUGGUCUGUCUCCGAAAUGUCAUCUUCGAAAAUCCCCGCCAUUGUAACCGGAAAUUGUUUAAGACGAGAUCUCAUGUUUCACUUCUCGCGAGAUUGGCAAGUUGCUAUAUUAAACAAGAUGGUGGCGAGCAUACACGGUUCUGCUCGGAUUGUUUUUCAUAUUUAAUUUAGCCAGGAUAUAGAACUUUGAAUCACUAUGGGUAGCCGGAAUGAAGAAGUUGAUUUUGAUUUCUUUGAUACACCGCGAGAUAGAGCUAAUCACAGUCCGAAAUCAAAGAAAUCGAGCGAAAGUUCUAAACAAACGAAAUCGAGAACGGAGUCGUCAAAACACGUCGAAGUGAUUAAAGGUGGAGAUAAAAAUAACCGUGGUAGGAAUGAAAAUAGCCGUGACAGAAAUGUUAGACGCUCGUCAUCAGAAUCAGCUUCAGACACUGAUUCAGAAACACCCAGGUACAGACAAACGCGUAACGAGAAAAAAGCAGUGAACAGUGACUCCGAUUCAGAGACUGAGAGUUCAAGUGCUUACUCAGAUUCACAUAUUUCUUCUGAUGAAAGUGAUGAUGAUGGGAACAGCAGAGUGAAAGAAACAAUUGACAUUCACAUGCCUAAAGCUCAUGUCGAAGCAUGGGGUGAGGACGGAAAAAAUGAAGGUAGAAGUCCAAGGAAGAACCGAAGGGAUGCUAGUUAUAAUUCCAAUGAAAAACAAAAAUCAUUCAAAAGAGACUCUGACUCACAGUCAUCGGAUUCGGAGUAUUCUCCUAAAAGACAUUCUAGCAAAGGGAGUAAAACAAAUGAAAGGGUAAAAAGUUCUAAAAGUAGAAAUGGUCGCCACUCUGAUGAGAGCAAACAAAGGGGAAAACUUAAGAGGUCCACGAGUAGUUCAUUUUCUAACAACAGUGAUAUAACUGAUGUUUCUCCACUUGAAAGUCCUGAAAAUAGCCCGCGACAUGCCAAGAGGUCCGAUAGUCGCAAUGGUAAAACUGACAAGGUGCAAUACGAACAUUUCCCAGACGAAAGUGCUGAUAUUAAACUGGAAACUGAUCAGAUUGAUCUAAGCAUUUUAAUGAAAUGCAUGGCAGAUAUUGAUAGAGAAAAGCAGCAGCGUCUACAGAAUAAUUCAAGGAGAGUUAUGUUUGCGUCCCCUGAUGAUGAAAGAAAGGUUAAACCCAAUUACACAUUUUCAGUUGGAAGAGCAAAAAUGAUAGAAAAGGAAAACCAAAGACUGUUAAAACAAAUAAUGUCACAGAUGAAUACUGGCCCUGGCACUUUGAAACAGACCACCACAAAACCUAGAGGUCCCAAAAAGGCGUUUGAACCAGCCAUUCAACGACUAACUCCGUCAGCUGUCAAUAGAAUGAGGGAGCAAAGGCGUAUUGAAUCAGAAAACAUGCACAUAUUGAGUCGUUUGCAAACAAUUCGACCAACCCGUGGCAUAUCCAGGAAAGAGCAGAUUAAUGAGUUUGAGCGCCACAUGUCGUAUGGUGCUCCCGCUGGUACUGUACUCAUUCCCGCGGACGAAGACCCAGAAGAGAGAAAAUCUCGCGCGCACAGUUCACUGAGCCAUGCCUAUAUACAGCAUCAAAGGUCAAGGCCGUCCAGUGCUGGGCAUUAUUCCACCUCUUCAACUGGUAGAAGGUCAAGACCUUCGAGUGCAAAAUCCAAUGCAUCCGUUAUGUCGAAUGCGUCAGUGCGAUCAAAUGCCUCAAAAAGGUCAGUGGCAUCGGUGAGAUCAAACAUGUCGUCUGCGUCGCGACGAAGAGAGGAAAAACCUGAUUACAGGCCACCUUGGGACGAUAGAUUUUCAUUUUCUUGAAAUGUUUGUGUUUUAUUACUGCAACAGUUAUCGAGUAACUUUUUAAUACUUUAUAAUUGCUCUUUUUUAAGUCUGAAUACUCAUUGACAGUAAUUAGCAGGGAAAGUUCUGUGGUCAAUCUGCUUCACAAUAUGAAAACAAUGCAAACAUUUUUUAUUUAUUUUUUUAGAUUGUUUUCAUUUUUGUUAAAAGAAUGUCCAGUAGUUUUUUCAUCAUUUUAAAAUGUUCACAAAAAUUGAGAAAAACUCACUGUUGAGAUAGAAUAAAGACGUAAUUAAGUAACUGUGUGAUAGUAGGCAAAGCUCUUUCAAAAGCUACACUUUUUGUUGUUGUUCACAUACAUGUAGCUUUACAAUUUUGUGUUUUAAUUUAAAAUGAUACCUUAGUUCAGUACACCUUAGUUAUGGACUUUAAUUUAGAAUUGCACAAAUAUGUCAAUGUGUUAUAAUGGCGUUUUAAUCCACAUUUGCACGGCUAACUGGGUGAUUAUGUUUCCUUAGUAAUUUUAAUAUACCGGUAAUGUGCAUAGAAAAGAAAUAUGCAGUUUACCCAGAUCAUGAUGUAGAUAGCUGACUUCAGUUAGGGGCUUGUAAAAGCCCAGCACCAAAUGUAAAAGAGCCAUUGAUAAUAUGUUAGUUCAGUACUAUGGUGGCAAAUGGGGAAGCUUAGAGGGGAAUAGGAUUUGGGGUUACUGGAGCUGUAAUAUUUACUUAAAUAUAUUUUCUCUAGUAAAUCAGUGUUUGAAAUUCACAUUCAGUUGACAUGUGCAAGCAUUAGCUCGGUGAUCAAUCAUUAUCUAUUGCUACCAUGAUAUCCAUGGACAGCCCUCCACUAUGUUUGUAUUAAUGUUCAGAGUCUAGACGGGUGUAUUCACAUAUCUUAUGGUAUUUGCACUGUUGUUUGUUUUAUACUGAUUGAUCAUGUUUGAAUCACACCAUUUUUCAGCCAAGCACUCAUGAUUACAAAAUGUUUGUUAGUUUUAUAAGGGUGGUCAUUUUUCUGCCAAUAUGAGUAACUGAUAGCAGCUCAAGUGCACAUGGUUCUAACAAUUAGCAUUUUUAUUAUAUGAGCCGUGCUUUGUGAAAAGGGGGUUUAAUGCAUGUGCAUAAAGUGUAGUCCCAGAUUAGCCUGUGCAGUCCACACAGGCUUAUCAGGGAAAACUUUUUCCGCUUUUAUGGUAUUUUUAGCUCACCUGAGCACAACGUGCUCAUGGUGAGCUUUUGUGAUCGCCUUUUGUCUUUCGUCCGUCGUGCAUUGUGCGACAUCAACAUUUUCCUUGUUCACUCUCUAGAGGCCACAUUUAUUGUCCAAUCUUCAUGAAAUUUGGUCAGAAGAUUGGUUUCAAUGAUAUCUUGGAUGAGUUCAAAAAUGGUUACAUUUGCUUGAAAAACAUGGCUGCCAAGGGGCGGGGCAUUUUUCCUUAUAUGGCUAUAGCAAAAUCUUGUUAACACUCUAGAGGCCACAUUUAUUGUCCGAUCCUCAUAAAACUUGGUCAGAAGAUUCAUCCCAAUGAUAUCUUGGAUGAGUUCGAAAAUGAUGUCCGUUGGUUGCAAAACAUGGCCGCCAGGGGGCGGGGCAUUUUCCUUAUAUGGCUAUAAUAAAACCUUGUUAACACUCUAGAGGCCACAUUUAUUUUCCGAUCUUCAUGAAACUUGCUCAGAUGAUUUGUCCCAAUGAUAUCUUGAAUGAGUUCAAAAAUGGUAACCUUUGCUUGAAAAACAUGGCUGCCAAGGGGCAGGGCAUUUUUCCUUAUAUGGCUAUAUAUGGCUAUUAUAAGUAAAACCUUGUUAGCUUUCUAGUUUGCUCAAUCUUCAUGAAAUUUGGUCAGAACAUUUGUUUCCUGUGUAGUAAAGUUUGGUUUUAUUAUGUCAAUAUUAUGUGACAUUAACUGUAUUAUGUAAUUUUUCAUAACACAGAAUUUUCAUAGUUAACAUAACUGUUUUAGUCACUAACACGUAUGAUAAGCUUUUCAACUAAGAGAUAACUGAACGAAAGACAACAUGUACAUGAUUUUGCAGUAUUUAUGCAGUAUUUAUCUCCCUUGUUUAACCUGGUUCAGUAAUCUAUUUUUAGUUCUGCUCUGGAAUUUGGGAAGAUAUUGAUCAUUGAUAAAUGCACUGUUCUGAGGGAAAAUUUACUACUCUGCCAUUGAUCUCUUCUGAACUGUAUACAAUAAGCUGUUUGGGCUGAUUUAAACACCUCUUGAUGCUUUCUUGAAAAGUUAACAGCUCUUGAAAAAGGUUGGAAUUUUGAAAUAAUUAAACUGUAAAUUAUUUUUAACACCAGCAUCAAGACAUUUUGGCAUUAUUUUCUAAAUUAUUCUUAUUAUUUAGAUUAUUUUUAUUUGGAAUUUUCUAAAUUAGAAAGUUAUUUCAAUAACUGUUGUAAUUUUUUCUUAUUUUUACAUUUGAUUCACUGAAGUUUCCUAAUCUCCAUAACUAUUGUUCUUAAGAUUAAAUUAGACCUAUUUUGUAAACUAGAUUUUUGAAGCACUUUCAAGACUUACAGUAACUUAUAUUUAAUCAGUUUUUUUGACAGCUUUUGAACUUCUUUUUACUUUCAUUAAGGUAUUAGCUAUGUUGUUCAUUUUUGUAAUGAUACUUAGAUUCUUUAGACUUGGCUUGUACCUGUUCUUAAUUUUCUGUCAUUGUAUUUCAUUUUCCGAGUUCGAAUAAAAAUUAGUUAUUUUUGUUAAAGCUGCCUUGGUUUUCACUUAUAAAUAAAUUCUUUGAGUGUAUUUAGGCGUCUCUGAAUGAACGCCUUUAGUUAAUUGAAUUACAACCAGUCAGUAUAUUCAUCCUGACUGGAAAUAAGAGUUUGUCAAAUAAAUAUUUCCGCAUUACAUAAGUGCUUACAAAGUUACAUAACUUGUAACCGUCCUGUGACCGGUUCAUUUGCGUAAGCGAAGGAGACCGCACUACCACACCUGGAUAGGACAGUUGAGUUGGAUAAUGGUUUGGAUCGGCAAAAAAACAUUGCCGCCAGUGGGGGGGGGUCUUUUUCCUUAUAUUUAUAUAGUAAAAAAGCUUGUGAACACUAGAAGUCACAUGUUUUGCCUAAUCAUCAUGAAAUUUUGUCAAAACAUUAGUUAUGUGGAUGUCUCAGACGAGUUUGAAAAUGGUCGUGAUCAGUGAAAAAACAUGGCUGCCAGGGAGUGGGGCAGUUUUCUUUAUAUGUAUAAAGUGACAACAUGUGAACAGUCUAGAAGACACAUUUUUUCCCCAAUAUUCAUGAAAUUUGGACAUAUCUUGGAAGAGUUAAAUAAUGGUUCACGUCUGUUAAAAAAACAUGGCCAAAGGGGCCAUUUGUUGUUCAUUCUUCAUGAUACUUGGUUAGAACAUUUGUUCCAUUGCUAUCUUGGGCUGCAAAGAACAGGUCAUUUCUUUUUAUCUCCGGUGAGCGAAUUUGGGCCUUUCAGGCCCUCUUGUUCUAUAAAGACAUUUUCUAAAUAGCAAAAAUCAAGCUGAAGCAGAAAGUGUUGUUUCUAAUUAGCCUGUUUGGACUUCACAGGCUAAUCUGGGAUGACAAUUUAUGCAAAUGCAUUAAACUCCCUUUUCACCGAGCGGGGCUCAUAUGUAUUAAUAUUGAAAUUGUGAAACAUGCAAACUAAAUACAGCUGAACAUUGUUUGGAAACUGCUGUGUAUGAGCAUAUUUUAAACUCUUUUUCUCUUACAUUAUAUGAUAUUAGCAAUGCAAGUAAUAAAUAGACACAUAAACACGUAUGACAUAAAAUGUAGAACAAAACAGUAUAGUGCAGUCUGCCAAGUGUGUUGUAAAUCUCAACUUCAGUAGUAGUAAAUACCUUUUAUAAUUAAAUAUAUAAAGUAAAUAUGAACUUAAACCAGGUUUGUUUAAUGUUAUUGAAUAAUUUAGUUUUGAAAGCACAUCUUAAGUAUAAGAUAACAUUUUUACAUCAUAAAAUCCAAAUAUGUAUUGAACUUACUGGUCAUGUACGUAAUUCCGGCCACUUUUGGGACUAUUAAUUUUUUUUUAAGAAAAAUCUUUAGUGUUAGGCAACUGGUUGAAACUAAACUUCACAUAUAUAAUCCUGGGUUCAAAACUCACCUAGCAUGAAAAUUUAAAUAGAAUUAGAUCGGUGAAUGUUACUUAAUGAACAGAAAAUGAUGACAUGUAAACUAUCCAUUUUCGUAGGUUAAAUGUACCUAAAAAAUCGGCCACUUUUCGGUUUGAUCUGCAGAUAAAAUUACAAAGCAAUAUCUUUUGACAAAUGUCCUCAAUUUCAGAGUAUUAAUCAAUGUUUAUAUACUAUUAAUAUUUUUGACUUGAAAUUUAAAAUAAAUGCGAAAUUAUUACACCAUUUACUCCCCCUACCUAUUUUAAUAAAUAUAAACAAUGGGGAAACUGCUAUUUCAUUAAAAAAUAUUUGUUUUUAAUGUGUUUAAUAAAUUUUUUCAAACAUAGCUAAAAAAGUAAACACAUUUUGUUUGAAAAGUUGACUUCAGUGUUGAUUAUUAGUAAACGCUUAUAUAUAAUAUUUAAACAUGUAAUCUAGCAAUAUUCUUAUAAAGGGAGGUAAUUCAUAUAUUAAAAAUGUAUAUUUAGCUUCUAAUUUGUAUGUUUUGAAUAUAAGUUUUUGUACAAUAAAUUGGUAAAACUUGGAUUAAAGUUUAUUAGAUAAAAUAAAAAUAAUUUUAUCAAAUAUAUUUGUUUCUUAUAUGAUUAUAAUUGUUGCAACAUAUGAUGUCAUCACUUUCCCCAUGAGCCAAAUAUUUCCUGCUAUAUUUGUGACAUUUUAACACAAAAGUUUACGGUGAUAUGGUUCUUACAUUUGCAAAAUAUUGCGAGUGGGGAUGGUUUUCAUAUUGAUUUUUCUAAAUAAAAACAAAAUAUGUGCGUCAAGAUCAUGAAAAUGAUUUUACACAGGUGGCCGAUUUUUUACGUACAGGCCGGAAUUACGUACAUGACCAGUAAUACUUUAUUGCACAUAUCACAAUAUUGAACUAAGUACUUUUAUAAAGUCUUGAUUGGUUUACUGAUAUCUCGAAGUCAUUUGUAAACUACUAUCAACUUCACGAUAAGGAAAUUCAGCUGUAAUAAAUCUUGCAUAAAUGUGACAAAUACAAGGUUUUGAAGUACUCUGUCAUUUUAUUGUACUUAUUUUGACCACUUGAUAUUUUGCUGUGUUGCUCAGAAAUUGAAUACUAGUAUUAGUAAUAUUUAAGUAAUUUGUUUAACUGAAGACUUAUUUUAUCUACCUGCACAAAUGUAUUUGUAAUAGUUUUAAAUUCUGUACAUUAAAUAUUUGUGUUGCACAACUUCCUAUAAGCUUUACACAUUUACGCCAUUUUUAAUAUUUUAUCUUUUUAGCAAUAUAAAUAAUAAACAUGUACCAGUAAAAAAAAACAUUUACAAAACUGAAAGUUUAUAUUUAGAUCAAUAGAAAUAGUGAUACCAAACAUGUGCAAAUAUAUUUGAUGUGUUUUUGAUUCUUUUAUGACCGUGUAAUUUAUUAAAGUUGCUUAUAUUCUAAAUGCUUUUUUUCAUUGUUGACAGUAGCUUUAAAGGGGCCUUUUCACAGAUUUUGGCAUUUUUUAACUUAUUCAUUAAAUGCUUUAUAUUGAUAAAUGUAAGCAUUGGAUCGUAAAAGCUCCAGUAAAAAAUCAAGAAUAAAAUUAAAAAAAGGAAAAGAACAUUGCCCGGAGCAGGUUUCGAACCAGUGACCCCUGGAGUCCUGCCAGAGUCCUGAAGUAAAAACGCUUUAACCUACUGAGCUAUUCCGCCGAGUACACAUUAUUGACGUAUUUUAUACCUUAUUUAAGCAAUCUUCGUAGUUUCACAAAAUUUAACGACAAAAACAGAACUCUCCAAAUUAUUCAAUCGUUUCGCGUUGCAACGCUUUAUAAUUUUUAGGUUUUAAAAUCGUCAAAAGAUGCAUAUAAUGGCUAUAUUAGACCAUGGUAAAUGUUCAGUAUUACUGUUUCCUCACAAAUAUCAUAACUAAAACGAAAAUGUGCGAAUCUGAAACAACUUUUUUCAAUUUUGUCAAUUUACCAAAGCGUGAAAAGAUCCCUUUAAUCUGUUAAAUCUUUGGAUAUAUUUAGUAUACUUGAAACUCACUAUUUGCUGAUGUUAAAUACAUAAGUAAAAUAUGCCAUAUAUAUUGUAGCAUGUUUAGGUUUAUAUUAUUGUAUAUAUUACAUGUAUUGUUAUAUGCAUUUAACUGUCUCAUUUUUGUGUUUGUAUUAUUUUGCAGUACAUGCAUGUUAAAAUGUGAAGGGGCCAAGAUAUUUACAAAAUUGUCUUUGUAGUAACUUUUUACAGAACGCUACUUUUAAUGUUCACAUUUUUGGUAUCUAAAUUAUUGGGUUGAUCUUCGCCAUGUGCAAUUAAGCCGAAUAAUACAAAAUGGCGUUAUAAAUUUCCAUGUAUGAUUAUGUCUGACAAACAAAAUUGUAUAAUUAUGAAAUUCCAUUUUAAGCAAGUCUAGGCAUGAUCAUGCUGUGGGGUCAAAAGCCAUUAAUAGUGUUGAAUAAAUAAGAAAACAUAAUUUAAGAUCACUUAACUUUGUCAAGUGUUCCUAAAUGACAGUCCUUUUAAAUUGUAUUUUCUUGAAAUUAUUAGUUUUUUUUUUAAUGCAAAAGCUGAAAGUGAUGCAACUAGUUUCAGUGAAAAUUAAGUUCAUGUUAAAUUGUGAUAGUUUAAUCUUUUAAAUAGCUUAUUUAAAAAUCAUGUGGAUUAUGUACUUAAAUCAGUCGGAAAUUUAGCUCAUAGACGGAGUGCUAAUAUAUCUAGUAGUAACAUAGAUGUUGGUACUCCAAGUGAUUAUGAAGGGAUUAUGGUCUAUUAACAGUUGACAAGUGUGUUGUGAUUUUGUGUGCCCCCUUUCGAAGAAAAGGGGGUGUAUAGUUUUCGCACUGUUCGUCUGUCAGUCUGUCUGUCAGUCUGUCACACUUUUCGUGUCCGCUCUCUAAUUCAAAUUGUUUUCAUCCAAUCUUUACCAAACUUGGUCAGAAGUUGUAUCUAGACAAUAUCUAGGUCAAGAUUGAAUAUGGGUCAUGCCGGGUCAAAAACCAGGUCACGGGGUCACUUAGUGCAUUUAAAUAACUUCUAUCAAAGCAUUUAUUAGGGGCAUAUGUCAUCCUAUGUAGACAGCUCUUGUUUUAACUUUAUUUUAUUUUAAAUUAAAUAUUGGUUAAAUACUCGUUUUGAAUUACUUGAAGUGUAGUUUUGUAAAGUACAUCUAAAUAUCACAGUUUAUUGUCAUCAAUCUCUGUAUCAUAAGAAUCAGUUUAACCUUUAUGUAAGCAGAUUGAAAGAUUUUUCAUUUGUUUUGACAACAUUUGCAAUUUGCAAUUUUCACAUACCUAUUUUAUUGGCUAGCUAUCGUGUAAUGUUAUAAUGUUUUAUUUUAGUUUUUUCCCCUUAAUUCGCAUGAUAUUGUGUACUACAAUGUUGAUAUUUUCCAUUGGCACAUGAAUAUUGAUUGUUGCUUCAUUUUGAUUGGCACAUUUUUCUUGAAUAUUAGUAACAUUGAUGUUGACAUACAUUUAUGAAGUCUGUUUUCUUUGCCAUUACAUUUUCGUAGCCUUUAAAUAAUCAUUUAUUCAAUUUAUUUCCUUAUUAGAGCUUCUUCGCUGUAUUGCUAGUUAAUUCAACAUAAAAUGAGCUGUGCUCUGUGAAAAGGGGGUUUAAUGCUUGUCUUUAAAGUAUUGUCCCAGAUUAGCCUGUGCAAUCUGCACAGGCUAAUCAGGGACGACGCUUUCCUCCUUAACUGGAUUUUUGCUAAGAAGAGACUUUCUUCAAAUGAAAAUUAUCGUAAACGCAGAAAGUGUUGUCUGUGAUUAAUCUAGGACAACACUUUACAAACAUGCAUAAAACCCCCUUUUAACCUUUUGCAUGCUGGGAAAUUUGUAGUCUGCUAAAAUGUCGUCUGCUGAAUUUCUAAAAUAAGCAUUUUCUUAGAUUUUUUUUAAAGAAUACUAUCAGAAUAGCACACAGUUUGGAUCCUGAUGAGACGCCGCGUUCUGUGGCGUCUCAUCUGGAUCCAAACUGUUUGCAAAGGCCUUUAAAAUUCGGUUCCAGCGCUGAAAGGGUUAAAAGAGCAAUUAGGCUCAUAAAAAUUGUGGGUUCUCAGAAAGAAAACUGCAAACAUGCCAUGAAAUAUUUAUUGUAAUGUUAGCAUUCACCUGUGAUCAAUUUUAAAAAUUAUUCCACAAUUAAAAUGUAUUCAAUAAAAAAUGCUGCAUCAAAUAAAUAUUCACAAUUAAUUUAUAAAUGUAUACAAUAACAAUUUUACUGUUAUUUGAAUAAGUAUUGUUUAAUAUAUAUUUUUUAAUGAAUUAAUUGUUGUGCAUAUAAGGCAUCAUAUUUUAUUACUUUGAAAUGAUGAGUCUAAAUCAUACAAUCUGAAGCGUUGUCUUUAAAUCAGUGAAUAUCAUGUAUUGUCAGGAUGAUUAUUUUGUGAUAUUUUCUGUUUUUAUCUCUAGAAUAAAAUUAGCACAACAGUCA